AUGGUCCAAGGCGGAAAGGGGAAGCCGAAGAAGGGGAUUAAGAUUAAGGCUAGGACGGUCGGAAAGCCUAAAUCGAAGUCCACUUCAUCUGCAACCCAGAAACCCAUAGGAGGAGUUGCAAAGGGCAAAUGUCAUCACUGUGGUAAGGCAGGCCACUGGAGAAGAAACUGCAAGACAUACCUCGCAACCAAGAAGAAGGAAGGUACGACCAUUUCUUCUGAGGUGUAUGUUAUAGAAGUUAACAUGUCUAUAUCUUCAUCAUGGGUACUAGAUACUGGAUGUGGGUCUCAUAUCUGUACUACCAUGCAGGGACUGAAGCAGAGUAGACGGUUAGCUCGAGGCGAGAUUGAACUCCGAGUCGGCAAUGGUGCACCUGUUGCAGCUUUGGCAAUCGGAACUUAUAGUUUAGUCUUGCCUAGUGGUCUAAUGUUGGAAUUAAACGAUUGCUUGUACGUUCCUGCAAUUAGCAGAAACAUUAUUUCUGUUUCAUGUCUUGAUAAGAGUGGUUUCAUCAUUUCUAUUAAAGACAAGUCCCUUUCCGUUUACAGAAAGAAUGUUUUCUAUGCUAAUGCCAACAUGACCAAUGGGUUAUAUGUCCUUGACUUGGACAUGCCUGUCUAUAACAUAUCAGCCAAGAGGAACAAACCGAACGGUUUGAACCAAACAUACCUAUGGCAUUGUAGGUUAGGCCAUAUAAACGAGAAAUGCAUAUCCAAGCUACAUCGGUCGGGAAUGCUGGAGUCAUUUGAUCUUGAAUCAUAUGACACAUGCGAAUCUUGUUUAUUGGGUAAGAUGACCAAAUCUCCUUUCACCGGACACGGUGAAAGAGCUGGUGAUCUUCUGGCACUCAUUCAUAGUGAUGUGUGCGGGCUUUUCAAUACAACUGCACGAGAAUCAUUCUGGGGGUAUGCGCUGAGCACUGCAAUAUAUACUCUUAACCAAGUUCCAACCAAGGCGGUUGAAGGAACACCAUACCAGCUAUGGACAGGCAAAUGCCCGGUUCUGUCACACUUAAAGAUUUGGGGCUGUGAGGCUUAUGUCAAACGUCUUAUGACGAAUGGCAAGCUUGACGCUAAGUCUGAUAAGUGUUUCUUCGUGGGAUACCCAAAGGAAACUCGAGGGUAUUCAUUCUAUCACCCUAUCGAUAAGAAGGUAUUCGUUGCUCGCAAUGGUGUCUUCCUCGAGAAGGAAUUUCUCUCCAUCGCAACUAGCGGGAGAAAGAUAGAGCUCGAAGAAAUUCGAGACGACGAAGAAACUACCGCGCCGGUUCUGG